UUAUGGUAUAACGAUAACUUUUGCCAUCAGCUGAAUAAUGAAAAAAAACACCUAUUUGUAAACAAUUUAAAUUUGUGCAGAACAAUACUAAUUUACAUAAGUACAAAGAUGUAAUAAAUAGCUGAAAAUGUCAACUUUGACACGCUGUCUCGCAUAAAUUAACAGCCUAAUUAUAUUGGAGAAGUCACGUAGUCAUUUAAGCAAAAAGCGCAGUGAAGAGUGAAAGUUGCUUAGCUAAGAAAAUAUGAAAAAAAUAUUUUUAAUUAGUGGCAAACGGAAAUGUGGUAAGGAUUUCAUUUCAGAGAGAUUGUUAAACCGUCUGGCAGAUCGUGCCCUGAUCGUUCGCAUCUCGGAGCCCAUUAAAAAGGAAUGGGCGAACAAGCUGCAACUGGAUAUUCAGGCUAUGCUCAGCGAUGGCCCCUAUAAGGAGCAAUAUAGGAGAGACAUGAUCGUGUGGAGCGAUGAGGUGCGUCGUAGAGAUUACGGCUUCUUUUGUCGUGCGGCCAUGAAGCAGGCGCCCGUGGAUGAGGUGGACUAUGUCAUUGUCAGCGAUGUACGUCGUAAGAACGAUAUACGCUGGUUCCGUGAGACGUACGGCCCCCAAAUGGUGCAAACACUACGUUUGACGUCGUUGCCAGAGACUCGCAAAGCGAGAGGCUGGCAAUUCACUGUGGGCGUGGAUGACGAGCCAUCCGAAUGUGAUUUGGAUGACAGCUCCUUUGACUAUGUGCUAGCGAAUGAUAAGGACGACCAGAGUGGGGAGCAGCUAAUUGAUCAAAUUAUGGCUAUGCUACAGAUUAGCUAACUAAAGUGGUCUUCUCAUAUACAUAUGUAUAGAUAUAUAACAAAUAUAUUUUUGAUAUCAAUUAUCUUUUUGAACGAUGGCAGCUAGAGAUGUCUUACACCUUCCACGCACGAGUUGUUGCAAAUCAUCGAUAAAUUAUUUGCACAUCGAUGGAAAUAAAAAGCACCGUUAAGCUAGUUAUUUGAAAUAUAUGAAUAUAUUUAAUUUUUAAUAUUGGUUAUUGGUGGGCUGUUUAGCUGUUGAUUUGUAAAGACUAAAAUGUUAAGAAUAAAAGACAAGAUUUAAGAUAA